GCCUAGUCACAAAUCAGUUAAAGGUAAGGAAGAAGUACUGCGACCUCCGCAUAAAUAUGUUUGAAAUACAUUUACGCACACACUCUCUCCGUCUAUCACGUUAAAUAGAAAAUGCCACUGUUGGAUUGCUUCGAACGGAUCAGAAAAGAAACAGAAAAAAAUCUUUUUGAUUAGGAAUCAUAAAGAAGCUCACAGUUCCAGAGGCUGAGCAGUGAGAACGGGAAGAACCGAAUUCGAAGGGAGAGUCACUGUAGUAGUAGUAGCAGCAGCAAAGGAUUACAAUUUCAUUCAAUUCGACAGAUCUGAGAUGAGUGGAAAAGAGGGGAAUUCGGAGGAUACAGGGACUUCGGGGUCGUCUUCGUCGUCGUCGUCUACGACAACAGCGGAGAAGCAGAAGGCGAAAGCUCGGGUGAGCAGAACGUCUUUGAUCCUCUGGUAUGCUCACCAGAACGACGCCGCUGGUGUGCGAAAGCUUCUCGAGGAAGACCGUUCUCUUGUGAACGCAAGGGAUUACGACAGCAGGACUCCAUUACAUGUCGCUGCUAUUCAUGGUUGGAUCGACAUCGCCAAAUGCCUCCUCGAGCAUGGUGCAGAUGUCAACGCCGAGGAUCGCUGGAACAAGACGCCCCUAGCAGAUGCAGAGGGAGCCAAAAAAUAUAGCAUGAUCGAGCUGUUGAAAUCCUAUGGCGGCUUGUCGUUUGGUCAAAGUGGCAGCCAUUUUGAACCAAAGCCUGUUCCACCCCCUCUCUCAAACAAGUGUGACUGGGAAAUUGAACCUUCUGAGCUGGACUUCUCCAAUGCAAGUAUAAUUGGAAAGGGGUCUUUUGGCGAGAUUAUAAAGGCCUCUUGGCGUGGAACACCUGUAGCUGUGAAACGCAUUCUUCCUUCUCUUUCAGAUGAUAGAUUGGUGAUCCAGGACUUCAGGCAUGAGGUGAACUUGCUAGUGAAGCUGCGCCACCCCAAUAUUGUACAGUUCCUGGGAGCAGUCACUGAUAAGAAGCCACUGAUGUUAAUCACCGAGUAUCUACGAGGGGGUGAUCUUCACCAGUACCUCAAGGGAAAGGGAUCACUUAGUCCGUCAACAGCUGUCAACUUUGCUUUAGAUAUUGCCAGGGGUAUGGCUUAUCUCCACAAUGAACCAAAUGUCAUAAUUCACCGAGAUCUAAAGCCAAGAAAUGUUCUUUUGGUCAACUCCAGUGCAGACCAUUUGAAGGUUGGAGACUUUGGGUUAAGUAAACUCAUCAAAGUUAAGGAUUCUCAUGAUGUGUACAAAAUGACAGGAGAGACUGGAAGCUACCGUUACAUGGCUCCUGAAGUCUUCAAGCACCGGAAAUAUGAUAAGAAGGUUGAUGUUUUCUCCUUUGCAAUGAUUCUGUAUGAGAUGCUCGAAGGAGACCCACCUUUUUCAAAUUAUGAACCUUAUGAAGCAGCAAAUUAUGUGGCAGAAGGUCACAGACCCAAUUUUCAUGUGAAAGGUUACAUUCCUGAACUGAAAGUUUUGACAGAGCAUUGCUGGGCUGCUGACAUGAACCAGAGACCUUCUUUCUUGGACAUCCUCAAGACACUUGAAAAGAUUAAGGGAAAUCUAUCUUCCGAACAUCACUGAAGCAUCUUUUAUGCAUGACUAAUGAGCAAUAACAUGGGUCCAAUGUUGUUGAUUUUCCACUUCUGCUGCUUUAUUUAGUUGUGCAGACUUGAGUUGUAAGAGGCCCAAUUGGAUGACUUAAAUAAGUAUGGCUUCUUCAAUGGAUCCUGUGCCAGCUUGGUUUAUGUUGAUUAUGAGAUGCAUUGGAUAGGCCACUGUUCCCCUCAAAUUUCAGCAUCCUAAAUGGAAUUACAGAUUGUUUUCCAACAAGCACAUCAAGGAGUUCUUGAAACCAACAUAUGUUGAAUGUGUUUGAUUGAACAGAAUUUGUUUUUACUAUAAUUUGUUUUGUAAAAAUGGUUACCAUAUGCCAAAACAGGCAUUCUAGCCAUCAGCUUUUUAUUUUUUGUAGUCACAUUGAAUGAGUGUUGUGUUGUCUGCUGUAAAUACUGGAAUUUUUCCGUUGUAGGAAGGAUGUUAAAUUUCUGAAGUUCCUCAAAUUUGCAAUCAAACUUGUCCAUUGGCUGUUC